AUGGGCGUUUGUAUGAGCCAAGAAGAAGAGAUACGCCACCUCACACUGAACGCUCAACCAAAUUACAUCAAAACGGAUAAAAAGGAUCCCAAGAUUGCACCAGAACACACUAUCUACAACUACGACAGCAGCAAACAGGAUCGUGAAAAACUAGCUGUUCUCAACUGCCCUCAUUCCGUUGGUUUUCAUCCGGACCGCCUUGUCAUUGUUGAUCUAGACGAGAACAGUGCAAGUUACUGCAAGAAGGAUGGCAUAGAAAACGAACUUGUCCUCACGACGGAUAACGUGCCACACCUGCGAGAGCUCGCCCCAUCUGUCAGCGAAGUAGGGAGACAGCGAGUUGCGCAUUUUGGCUACAUUGAUAAACUACAUCUCAGCUUCUAUUUGGUCGUGGAAAGAUCCCAUGUUGGGAUUCCAUUCACCUCAGACUGCCGCAAAUCGGUGGUGUCUGUACUAACUUUUCCUGACGUUAAUGACGAACCCGGAAGGAUUAACUGGACUCGUUCCGCUCGAAGCCUGGAGACCAUGUCUCAAACUGCUCGAACUCACAUGGUGGUGCCGUGUAUGAACAGCAACCGAGUGUACAUAGUCGAAGUCGAUGAGAAUGAAAUGAAGCUCGUUAAGACAAUAGGUCCGGAACUUUUGAAGCACUAUGACAUCUCUUGUCCCUACGCUGUUCACGUUCUGCCGCUCAAAGGCGCUCCAGUUCACAUUGCUACCAUGGGUGAUACGUACGGAAAUGGAAAAGGCGACUUCCUAUUAAUCGACAGGAACUCUUUCGAAAUUCGCGAGCGUCACAAUCGAACAGGAUUCACGGGUUUUGGCGGUGACUUUUCUUUCCAAACAAGGCGAAACCUUCUUAUUGCCUCUGAAUGGGGCCAUCCGAGACUGUUUCGGGAUGGAUUCACGCGAAGUGAAAUAGAGAACGUUUCGGAGUCGUUUGGCAGUCAGUUACAUGUCUGGCAAAUUUCACCAGGCAUUUUGAAGGAAAGCAUUGACCUCGGACCUUUUGACGGUUGUCUCAUUACCACGGUUCGUUUUCUGCACAACCCAGAAUGUAACCACGCAUUCGCUUGUUCGGCUGUUGGGUCAUCUGUGUUUCAUCUUUAUAUGAAUUCACUUACUGAGAAAUGGAGUGCGGACAAAGUAUUUCAAGUAAAGACAAUCCAGGUGGAAAAUUGGCUUUCUCCCGAGAUGCCAGCUCUGCUUACUGACCUCGUCAUCUCGAUGGAAGACAGAUUUGCCUAUGUUGCUGGUUGGCUUCACGGAUGCAUAUGGCAGUUAGAUAUCUCGGACCCGUUUCGAAUUUCGGUUCUAACCAAGGUCGUGCUCGGCGGUUUACUCGGUGGGAUUUCAGAAGCUUUUGUCAAGUCGCCAUUACUGUUCCAAAUAGGUCAACCCAGAGAAUUUGGCUUUCCUGAAAUGGGAAAAAGCACUCCUAGAACUCCUAGAGUAGCAACUACCAUCCGGGGUACGAAUUUCCGCGGAGGCCCAGCAUUUCUUCAGUUAAGCGUCGAUGGAAAGCGCCUCUACGUUGGAAACUCGUUCUACAAACAAUGGGAUUCACAGUUUUAUCCCGAACUUAUCGCUAACGGAGGACAAAUCGCAAGGAUUGAUAUUGGUGGUGGUGGCCGCAUGUCUCUUUCUGACUCUUUUUUAAUCGAUCUCAAAGACAUGGAAGGAGGUCCCUAUCUGGCUAGAGAUCUCCGCUUUUUCAACGGUGACUCGACAAGCGAUAACUUCCUAUAA